CGUUGACUUGCAUGCAAUCAGGCCAGCGGGCUAACAAGGGAGCUAAGCUAGCGUCACGCUAGGCCUCAAGCAGAGCGGCAGCGAUAGCGACAAGAAUAAACACUGCUGUUUGGCCACGAGACCGAGAGUCCUUUACGAGUCUGCAUGAGACCACUGAAACCCACAGAAAUAUGGUGGUUCUCAAAAUUCGAGACCAGCCUGCUUUGCUGAAAGCAAUUUUCAAUGUGGACCCUGAUGAAGUGCGCUCACUUAUAUUCAAAAAGGAGGACGUGAAUGCCCAGGACAAUGAGAAGCGGACGCCACUCCAUGCUGCUGCCUACCUUGGAGAUGCAGAAAUUAUAGAACUUCUGAUCCUCUCAGGUGCCAGAGUAAAUGCCAAAGAUAGCAAGUGGCUCACUCCUCUCCAUCGAGCUGUUGCCUCCUGUAGCGAGGAGGCUGUGCAAGUAUUGCUGAAACACUCUGCAGACGUAAAUGCCCGAGACAAGAACUGGCAGACGCCGCUACACAUCGCGGCUGCCAACAAAGCAGUCCGCUGUGCCGAAGCACUCGUCCCUCUGCUCAGCAAUGUGAACGUGUCGGACAGAGCUGGCCGGACUGCGCUGCACCAUGCAGCCUUCAGUGGUCACCUGGAGAUGGUGCAGCUCUUGCUGUCAAGAGGGGCCAACAUCAAUGCUUUCGACAAGAAGGACCGGCGUGCAAUCCAUUGGGCAGCCUACAUGGGUCACAUUGAAGUGGUAAAGCUGCUGGCGUCUCAUGGAGCCGAAGUGGCCUGCAAAGAUAAGAAAUCGUACACACCUCUCCACGCAGCUGCCUCCAGUGGGAUGAUCAGUGUUGUCAAAUACUUCCUGGACUUGGCGGUUGAUAUCAAUGAGCCUAACGCGUACGGCAACACGCCACUCCAUGUGGCCUGCUAUAACGGUCAAGAUGUGGUGGUGAACGAGCUCAUAGAGUGUGGGGCGAAUGUCAACCAGGUGAACGAGAAGGGCUUUGGGCCCCUCCACUUUACUGCUGCUUCCCGGCAAGGCAAGCUAUGUCUGGAGCUGCUUGUCUGCAAUGGGGCUGAUGUCAACAUCAAGAGUAAGGAUGCAAAGACUCCCCUCCACAUGACAGCAAUCCAUGGAAGAUUCUCAAGGUCUCUAGCAAUCAUUGAAAAUGGGGCUGAGGUUGACUGUGAGGAUAAGAACGGAAAUACGCCGCUGCAUAUUGCUGCACGAUACGGACACGAGCUGCUCAUCAACACGCUCAUUGCCAACAGAGCUGACACCACCAAACGAGGGGUCCACGGUAUGUUCCCACUGCAUUUGGCUGCUCUCAGUGGAUUCUCUGACUGCUGCCGAAAGCUUCUGUCUUCAGAUUUUGAUAUAGACACUCCUGAUGACUUUGGAAGGACUUGUUUACACGCCGCAGCUGCUGGAGGAAACCUGGAAUGUCUCAAUCUACUUCUCAACACGGGGGCAGACUUAAACAAAAAGGACAGCUUUGGCAGGACUUCUCUGCACUACGCUGCUGCCAACUGUAACUACCAGUGUCUGUUUGCGCUGGUGCGCUCUGGGGCCAGUGUCAACGACGUUGACGAGAGGGGCUGCACUCCGCUUCACUACGCCGCCGCUUCUGACACAGAUGGAAAGUGCCUGGAAUAUUUACUGCGAAAUGAUGCAAAUCCAGGGAUCCGAGACAAUCAGGGCUACAAUGCUGUGCAUUACGCCUCUGCAUAUGGACAUCGCCUCUGUCUGGAGCUGAUGGCAAGUGAAACACCUCUAGAUGAGUUAAUGGAAAACUCAGGGACAGACAUCCUCAAUGACUCUGAAGUCCGAGCUCCCAUAAGCCCUUUGCACCUUGCUGCAUACCAUGGUCACCACCAAGCCAUGGAGGUUCUGGUGCAGUCUCUAUUGGACCUGAAUGUGAGAAACAGCCAAGGGCGCACACCUUUAGACUUGGCUGCGUUUAAGGGCCAUGUGGAGUGUGUGGAUGUUUUAAUCAACCAGGGUGCCUCCAUCUUGGUCAAAGACUUUACCUUAAAGCGAACUCCUAUUCAUGCUGCAGCUACUAAUGGUCAUUCAGAAUGUUUACGUUUGCUAAUUGGAAAUGCUGAUCUUCAAAGUGCAGUGGACAUUCAAGAUGGUAACGGACAAACCCCUCUGAUGCUGUCUGUUCUAAGUGGACACACAGACUGUGUAUAUUCUCUGCUUAAUAAGGGAGCCGGUGUAGAAGCCAAAGACAGGUGGGGCAGGACUGCCCUGCAUAGAGGAGCUGUGACUGGUCACGAGGAAUGUGUGGAGGCUUUGCUUCAGCAUAGUGCCAGCUUUCUGGUGCAGGACUGUAAAGGCCGCACACCCAUCCACCUGGCAGCAGCAUGUGGACACAUUGGUGUACUAGGAGGUCUGCUGCAUGCUGCCCAGUCUUUGGAAACACCUCCAGUGUUAACAGACAGCCAAGGCUACACACCGCUGCACUGGUCCUGCUAUAAUGGUCAUGAUACAUGCGUGGAGGUUCUGUUGGAACAAGAGAUUUUCCAAAAAGCAGAAGGCAAUCCCUUUACCCCACUUCACUGUGCUGUGAUCCGUGACAAUGAAGGUGCUGCUGAGAUGCUAAUAGACACCAUGGGCCCUGCCAUUGUCAACGCCAAAGACAGUAAAAACAGGACCCCUCUGCAUGCUGCAGCCUUCACUGACCAUGUUGAGUGUCUGCAGCUGUUGCUGAGCCACAACGCUCAGGUCAACAGUGUGGAUGCCGCGGGGAAGACCCCGCUCAUGAUGGCUGCCGAGAACGGCCAAACCAACGCUGUCGAGCUCCUGGUGAGUAGUGCAAAAGCAGAUCUCACUAUUCAGGAUGCAGUGAAGAACACUGCGCUUCAUCUUGCUUGUAGUAAGGGACAUGAAACCAGUGCCUUGUUGAUAUUGGAGAAGAUUUCAGAUAAAAACCUCAUAAAUGCCACUAAUGCCGCCUUACAGACGCCUCUGCACGUAGCUGCAAGGAAUGGCCUGACGGUGGUGGUGCAAGAGCUGCUCGCAAAAGGAGCCAGUGUCCUUGCAGUCGAUGAGAAUGGUUACACACCCGCCUUGGCUUGUGCCCCCAACAAAGACGUGGCAGACUGCCUCGCCCUCAUCCUGGCCACCAUGAUGCCUGUGUCCCCCUGCACCCCGGCGGCCCCCCUUCCUUUCAGUGCCAUUAACCACUACACCACCAGCCCCUCCAAGAGCGUCACCUUCGAUAGCCUUCCUGUGCUGCACGGCCAGCACAGCUCCUACUGCAGCUUCAACAACAUUAGCCAUCGCGAUGUCUUCUACAAAGACGAAGAGCUCAACGACUCUGACUCAGAGACGUACUGAAGGACAAGAUCUGCGUGAAACACACACACACACACACACACACACACGGUGUCUUAAAGUUCACCCAGGGCCAGCUUGGUAGGGCAGACGAAGAAGAGACGAGCCCCUUCAGGAGCCUUAAAAGUCAUCCCCUCCCGACCUCAUCUAGCACCAGGUGUCCUUCCAGCUGAUACAAGGCUACACUGACUCACUAUUUAAGUGAUUGCACUCGAUGGGCAUACAGCGACCUUUUUACUGCAAUAACAUGCUGACAGAAGGACAGUAGCACCUCACAGAAAGCGAAACCAGCAUGGACCUAAAGAUGCGGAUGAAUUUUAACCUAAUUUUAAUUCAGUGUACAUGAGUUUGUUCGUUUUGUGAGGGUGCAUUGGUUGGUUUUCCUGGAGGCGGUGCAGCCAGUUUAAAAUUGUUUUCAAUGUUUGUGUGAAUUUAAGGUAGAUUCUACACACAUCUUUCAGAAUGCACUUGUCCUUUCAAGCCCGUGUCACACAGGAAGGAAAUUGUGUGAAUGUUUGAGAGGGAAAAAAAAAAUUAAAAUCUCCUAUCCUUGUCUUUAACUCCCUAUCCUCUUGAAAAGAACAAUUAUUUACAUCAGGUUAUUUUAAUGUUGAUCAACCUCACUCACCCUUGUGUAUUGAUCUAUCCACCACGGUUUAGUCUCAAGAAUAAAUUAUUUGUGUACUUUUGAGUCCUAUAGAUGUGCUCAUUUUGUGCCUUCAUUAGUGACUGAGGGGGGUAUAGAGGCAGCUGUAAAAGCACAGUGACUAGUUAAGUAAUGAAAGUGUUCGUGAAAGGCACUGAGCCACUGUUGAGGUACAGGCAUAAACCAAGGACUGAACAGUGUUUUGAUUUUAUUUGACUAUUAAGACAGUGUGGUUUUCUUGCUUUGUUGUCGCAAAAAGAACCCACUCAAAUCUCACACUUGAAAUUCUCCACUUUCCUCUGUAGAAAGACAUUAACUGGAAAUAUGUGGAUUCCUAUGAACGUUUUCUUCAGGUGGAAUAUAACUGCAAUGUACAUAUAAACAAAAGAAAGAACUGUGAGUCAAAGUUGCAAUGAAUUAUUUCAGUACUGAGAUUGGUGUAUAUUUUAUGGGUAAUAAAGAAAUGAGUUAUUUAUGGAAAUGGCUCGUCAUUAGGUAUUGCAUUUAAUACCCAAAGCAACUACUGAAACGAUGUAAUGUAACAGUUCCAAAGAUUCGAAAGUAUAUUUGGCAAUUUAAUUUUUAUUGAAAUAAAUUCAUACAUGGCAAUUUCA